AUGGGAUUUUUCAUCCUUGACCUUCACACCAAUAUCGCCCAGCUUCAUACUCAACAGUUUGGUGGACAUUCAACAUCAGAUACACUUACUGUUUAUCAUGGUCAAGGCCUGUCCAAACCUGAUUUUGAUCGAUUGGUGAAAACUAAAGGUGGACUUUUAUCAUUUAAUAAUUUUUUAUCGACUAGUAUCCACCGUGAAGUAUCCUUUACCUUUGCUAGGCAAACUAUGGAAUCGUCGAAUCUUCUAGGUAUUUUAUUUGCCAUGAAAAUUGAUCCAUCUAUUGUGACAACACCGUUUGCUGACAUCCGUGACAUUAGUUAUACUAAAGAAGAAAAAGAAAUUCUUAUCUCCAUCCACUCUGUCUUUCGCAUCGGAUCAAUGAAACGAAUCAAUGGCAAUCGUCGUCUUUGGCAAGUCAAUUUAACAUUGAUCAGUGACAACGAUCCAGAACUCCAUGCACUCACUCAACAGAUUCGCCAAGAGACUUAUCCUGACGUGGUAGGAUGGUAUCGUUUUGGUAUGUUACUAACAAAACUUAGACAGUCUGACAAAGCCCAAGAAGUAUAUGAUAUUCUGCUCAAUCAAGCAACGACUGAUCAGGAUACAGCAUAUCAUUAUCAUGUGCUUGGUAUGGCAAAGGAGGAUCAACAUGAAUAUUUAGAGGCCAUUGCCUAUUAUCAACAAUCGAUUGCAAUUAAACAGAAAUUUCUCUCACCAACCGAUGUCGAUUUAGCUAAAUCUUACAAUACCAUCGGUUUGGUGUAUAACAAUAUGGAUGACCAUUCGAAUGCACUUUCAUUUUAUCGGAAAGCAUUAAGAAUCUGGCACAAAACGCUUUCGUCAACUCAUCCUUAUCUGGCUACUUCUUAUAAUAACAUUGGUUCGGUGUAUAGAAAGACGGGUGACUAUUCUAAGGCACUUUCAUCAUAUCAGAAAGAACUGCGAAUUCGGCAAAAGAAUUUUCCUUCAAACCAUCCUGAUUUGGCUAUUUCUUACAACAACAUUGGUUCGGUGUAUGAUCACAUGGGUGAUUAUUCAAAAGCACUUUCCUUUCAUCAAAAAGCCCUAGAAAUUCGCAAAACAAAUUUGUCUUCCAAUCAUCCUGAUUUGGCUGAGUUGUACAACAAUAUCGGUUUGGUCUAUGACAACAUGCGUGACUAUUCGAAUGCACUUUUGUUUCUUGAAAAAGCGCUUGAAAUCCAACAACAAACUGUUCCUUCCAAUCAUCUUAAUUUGGCCACUACAUACAACAACAUUGGCUCCGUCUAUGACCACAUGGGUGACUAUCCGAAUGCACUUUCAUUUCAUCAAAAAGCAUUGGAGAUUCGUGAAAACACUGCUCCUUCAAAUAAUUCUCACUUAGCCACUUCUUACAACAACAUUGGUUUGGUGUAUAAUAGCAUGGGUGACUGUUCAAAUGCGCUUUCAUAUCUUCAGAAAGCCUUAGAAAUCCACGAAAAAACCCUUCCUUCAAACCAUCCCAGUUUGGCUACGUCGUAUAACAACAUUGGUUCAGUGUAUGACAACAUGGGUGAUUAUGCAAAGGCACUUUCAUCUUAUCAAAUAGCACUAAAAAUUCGCGAACAAAUAUAUCCUUCAAGUCAUCCUGACUUGGCUCAAUCUUACAACAAUAUUGGUUUGGUAUAUGACAACAUGAGUGACUACUCAAAGGCACUUUCAUCUCUUCAAAAAGCACUAGAAAUCUACCGAAAAAGUCUUCCUUCAAAUCAUCCUGAUUUGGCUACUGCUUAUAACAAUAUUGGUUUAGUGUAUGACAACGUUGGUGAUUAUUUGAAUGCCCUUUCAUGCCAUCAAAAAGCACUAGAAAUUAAACAGAAAAAUCUUCCUUCAAACCAUCGAAGUGUAGGUCAAUCUUAUAACAAUAUUGGUUCGGUAUAUUUCAAAAUGGACGACUAUUCAAAGGCUAUUUCGUACUACGAAAAGGCAUUGGAAAUUCUUCAAAGCAGUCUUCCUCCGAACCAUCCGAUUUUGGCUCAAUCUUACAACAAUAUUGGUUCCGUAUAUUUGAAAAUUGGAAAGUAUUCAAAUGCAGCAUCAUCUUUUGAAAAAUCAUUGGUGAUUCGGGAAAAAACUCUUCCUCCUAAUCAUCCUGAUUUAGCUCAAUCUCAUAACAAUAUUGGUUUAGUGUAUGAUAGCAAUAGUGAUUAUUCAAACGCACUUUCCUCUCUUGAAAAAGCAUUCAAAAUUCAUCAAGAAGCUCUUCCUGCGAAUUAUCCGAGUUUGGCUACUUCUUAUAAUAACAUUGGCUUAGUGUAUCACAACAUGGGUGAUUAUUCGAAUGCACUUUCAUGUCUUCAAAAAGCAUUAGAUAUUCAUAAAAAAAGAAUCUUUUCUUCAAAUUAUUCUAGUUUGGCUAUUUCUUACAACAACAUUGGUUUGGUGUAUGACAGCAUUGGUGACUAUUUGAAUGCACUCACAUGUCAUCAAAAAGCACUGGAAACCAAACAGAAAACCCUUCCUCCAAGCAGUCCCAGUGUGGCUCAAUCUUAUAACAGCCUUGGUUCCGUGUAUUUCAAGAUGGGUGAGUAUUCGAAGGCACUAUUAUAUUUUCAAAGAGCAGAGGAAGUUCGUCAAAAAGCUUUCUCUUCAAAUCAUCCUGAUUUGGCUCAAUCUUACAACAAUAUUGGUUUGGUGCAUUCCAAGAUGGGAGACUAUGCGAACGCCCUUUCAUCUCUUCAAAGAGCGUUGGAAAUUCACGAACGAACUCUUCCUUCAAAUCAUCCGAGUUUGGCCACCUCUUACAAUAACAUCGGUUCGGUGCAUGAUAACAUGGGUGACUAUACAAAUGCACUUUCAUUUCAUCGAAAAGCACUGGGACUCUAUCAAGAAACUCUUUCUUCCAAUCAUCCAAGCUUGGCUAUUUCGUACAACAACAUUGGUUCAGUAUAUAUUAAGAUGGGUGACUAUUCGAAUGCACUUUCAUUUCUUCAAAAAGCACUAGAAAUCCGUGAAAAAACUCUUCUGUCAACUCAUCCGAGUUUAGCCACUUCUUACAACAACAUUGGUUCAGUGUAUGACAAUAUGGGAGAUUAUAUCAAUGCGCUUUCAUAUCUUCAAAAAGCGUUAGAAAUCCAAGAGAAAACUCUUUCUCCUAAUCAUCCAACUUUGGCUAUUUCUUACAACAACAUAGGUUUAGUGUAUGAAAACAUGGGUGACUAUUCGAAUGCACUUUCCUAUCAUGAAAAAGCACUGGAAGUUAAACGGAAAACUCUUCCUUCAAACUAUCCAAGUUUGGCACAAUCUUAUAAUAACAUUGGUUCGGUGCAUUUCAAGGCAAGUGACUAUUAUAAGGCACUUUUAUACUAUCAAGGAGCAGUAGAAGUUCGCCAAAAAGUUCUUCCUUCAAAUCAUCCAAGCUUGGCUCAAUCUUACAACAACAUUGGUUCGGUUUAUUUCAAGAUGUGUGACUAUGCAAAUGCAUGCACACUUUUUGAACAAUCUCUCAAAACAGUAGAACGCUCGCUGUCUAAAAAUCAUCCGGAUAUUCUAUUAUAUAGAAGUAAUCUUGAACACGUAAGAAAGAAAAUGUAG